AUGGUGAGAGGACCUUCUUCAUUUUCUGACAUCAAAGGCCAGUUCUGGAAUGAUGAUGAUUCGGAGGGAGAUAAUGAAUCAGAGGAAUUUCUCUAUGGAGUUCAGGGGAGCUGUGCAGCUGACCUGUAUCGACACCCACAGCUUGAUGCAGACAUUGAAGCUGUGAAGGAGAUCUACAGUGAGAACUCUGUAUCCAUCAGAGAAUAUGGAACUAUCGAUGACGUGGACAUUGACCUCCACAUCAACAUCAGCUUCCUCGAUGAGGAAGUUUCUACGGCCUGGAAGGUCCUCCGGACAGAACCUAUUGUGUUGAGGCUGCGAUUUUCCCUCUCCCAAUACCUUGAUGGACCAGAACCAUCAAUUGAGGUUUUCCAGCCAUCGAAUAAGGAGGGGUUUGGGCUGGGUCUUCAGUUGAAAAAGAUCCUGGGUAUGUUCACAUCUCAACAAUGGAAACAUCUCAGCAACGAUUUCUUGAAGACCCAGCAGGAGAAGAGACACAGUUGGUUCAAGGCAAGUGGCACCAUCAAGAAGUUCCGAGCCGGCCUCAGCAUCUUCUCGCCCAUCCCCAAGUCUCCCAGUUUCCCUAUUAUACAGGACUCCAUGCUGAAAGGCAAAUUGGGUGUACCAGAGCUUCGGGUUGGGCGCCUCAUGAACCGUUCCAUCUCCUGCACCAUGAAGAACCCCAAGGUGGAGGUGUUUGGCUACCCUCCCAGCCCCCAGGCAGGUCUCCUGUGCCCCCAGCACGUGGGCCUCCCUCCCCCAGCACGGACCUCUCCUUUGGUCAGUGGUCACUGCAAGAACAUCCCCACACUGGAAUAUGGAUUCCUUGUCCAGAUUAUGAAAUAUGCAGAGCAGAGGAUUCCAACGUUGAAUGAGUACUGCGUGGUGUGUGAUGAACAGCAUGUCUUCCAGAAUGGGUCCAUGCUCAAGCCAGCCGUCUGUACUCGUGAGCUGUGUGUUUUCUCCUUCUACACACUGGGGGUCAUGUCUGGAGCUGCAGAGGAGGUGGCCACUGGAGCAGAGGUGGUGGACCUCCUGGUGGCCAUGUGUAGGGCAGCUUUGGAGUCCCCUAGAAAGAGCAUCAUCUUUGAGCCUUAUCCGUCUGUGGUGGACCCCACUGAUCCCAAGACUCUGGCCUUUAACCCUAAGAAGAAGAAUUAUGAGCGACUUCAGAAAGCUCUGGAUAGUGUGAUGUCCAUCCGGGAGAUGACCCAGGGCUCAUAUCUGGAAAUCAAGAAGCAGAUGGACAAGCUGGAUCCCCUGGCCCAUCCUCUCCUGCAGUGGAUCAUCUCUAGCAACAGGUCACACAUUGUCAAACUACCUCUCAGCAGGCAGCUGAAGUUCAUGCACACCUCACACCAGUUCCUCCUGCUGAGCAGCCCUCCUGCCAAGGAGGCUCGGUUCCGGACCGCCAAGAAACUCUACGGCAGCACCUUUGCCUUCCAUGGGUCCCACAUUGAGAACUGGCAUUCGAUACUGCGCAAUGGGCUGGUCAAUGCAUCCUACACCAAACUGCAGCUGCAUGGAGCAGCCUAUGGCAAAGGCAUCUACCUGAGCCCCAUCUCCAGUAUUUCCUUUGGAUACUCAGGAAUGGGAAAAGGACAGCACAGGAUGCCCUCCAAGGAUGAACUGGUCCAGAGAUACAACAGGAUGAAUACCAUCCCCCAGACCCGAUCCAUUCAGUCCAGGUUCCUGCAGAGUCGGAAUCUAAACUGUAUAGCACUUUGUGAAGUGAUUACAUCUAAGGACCUCCAGAAGCAUGGGAACAUCUGGGUGUGCCCUGUGUCCGACCAUGUCUGCACACGGUUCUUCUUUGUAUAUGAGGAUGGUCAGGUGGGCGAUGCCAACAUUAAUACUCAGGACCCCAAGAUACAGAAGGAAAUCAUGCGUGUGAUCGGAACUCAGGUUUACACAAACUGAGGGGGCCCCAGCCCUCGUACCACCCCCGUUCCCCCAGGAUCCAUCUGCCCUCAUCAAAGGGCUCAGGAGCAGCAGGCAAGGCUGCCCUGAGGAAUCAAGGGGCCAUUACCAAGGGCAGGAAAAGGAUAGCAGAGGCGGCCUUCAUGGUGGAGACUGACCCAGGAACCACUCCACAUUUGGAUGGCCCGGACUGACUCCGUACUCCUGGUUUUCCCAGUUGACUUCACCCUGUUUGUAAAUAAAACAAUAAACUGGAAGGUGCUGUGGACUGGA